UGUCAGCCAGGGAAGAUACUGCAUAACUAUGGCAGAGAUCAUGACAUAAACCUUUUGCCGUUUUGAUACCAAAUCCCAAAGGUGUUAUCCUUCAGUGGCCAUGCAGAUGAACUGAAAUGCUGCAAACCUGCGCAAAAACAGAGCAGUGCAGCAAAAGGUUGUUUCCUCAGUUUUCGCAGAAUGCCUCCAGCACACAUAUGGCUCAGAGACAGAAGAUGAGCUGAGAUGAAUCCCUUCCAAACCAUAUGGACAUACACAAUUACAUUCCUCUUUCAUUUUUCUAUCAGACGCUGUCCUCUGCUCCUCGUCGGCUGCCAGCCUGUCAUAUGCCAGGGCUACCUGACAGUGGAGCCAGCUCCACUUUUCCUCAUGGGCUCAGACCUGACAGUGUUCUGCCGCCUCACACAUCCCAAGUGUGAGAGUUUCAGAUUGUCCCUGCAUUUUAAUGGCCGGAUGCUGGAGCCAGAGGAGAGAGUCAACUGUAUGGCGAGAUUUAGACUGACCAACGUACACAAGCCAAAAUUUGGAGUGACCUGUAAGAUGAAGAGACAUGGGCUGACGGAGACGGUUUGUGGGCUGGACCUGCAGAGCGGAUUACUGCCUGAUAAGCCCACUGAUAUUGCCUGUGAAAUAUCAAGAAGCUCUGACGUAAUAGACUGUUCAUGGACGGGACAGGAAACACACCUACUCACCACCUAUAACAUCUCAGUCACCAGAGAAAAUGGCAGCCAAAUACACUCCGAUUUACUUCGCAACACUACAGCACUGGCCGUGCCACGGACCAUGUUUGAAGAAAAUGAAAAAUACCUGUUGAUUAUCACGGCUUGCAACGACUUGGGAAAAUCAAAGUCAGAUCCCUUCAUCCUGUGCCUGAGGGAUGUUGUGAUACCAGACACGCCUCGCAUUGUGGAGAUAACGUUUUGGAAUAACUCCAUCGUGGCCAUGUUGCGCUGGGAGAUUCCAGAGCCCUCAGAGCAUCUCAGAUUCUUCGUCAGGCACAGGAACACAGGAAAUGGCCCCUGGGUCAUGGAUAAAGAAAUAGAGUUGAGAAAGGGUUUGCUACAAGUUGGUGGCUUGAAGCCCCUGACAGAGUAUGAGUUCCAGAUCAGAGCAUGUAGCUCAACAUCAGGACCCUCAGCUACCCUUACACCCAGGCCGAGCUGCAGCAAAUGGAGUCCGUCUGUCAGGAAGAAAACCCCUGGCAAAGGUCCCUCUCAGCAGCUACGUGCCUGGAGGAUGUCAGUCACCCGGGAGAUAAACAGACUGCAGAAUGUGACUGUUUUGUGGAAGCCUCCGUCUCCUGAGGAUUACAGUGGUGAGGUGCAACAGUAUGAGAUCUUCAUGGAUAACAGUCAGAAGCCAGCAGUCACCUGUCCUGCUGCUGUGAACCAAUGUGCAGUUCAGGUGUCAUCCAGGGUCCAGACAUUGAGCGUCAGUGCUGUCACUUCAUAUGGGAAAUCUCCACCAGCUGCUGUGCCGCUCAGACACUCUGGUGUUCCUGGACCUGCUCUGAAGGAGCCGGAUCCUGCAGGCAAUAGCAGUGUUAUGGUGGUCUCCUGGUCGUGGAGCAGGUCGGCAUCUGCAGGAGAAUUGCUGGACUACGUGGUGGAAUGGAGAAGUGGAGCUCCAGGAAUGCACUGGCAAAGAGUAUCCAAAGAUCAGAACAUCGCAUUAAUCCCAGGUCUGAGUGCGGGUGUGAGGUAUGAAGUCUCUUUGUAUGCUGUGACCAUCAGGGGCGUGAGUGAGCCAUCAUUUCGUCUGGUCUAUUCUCAGGAACAGGAGCCAGUAUCUGGACCCAAGCUGUCAGUGCUGGACCAUCAGGCCAGACGGAUCCUGAUCCAGUGGGAGGAGCUGGCUGUGGACCAACAGAGAGGCUUUAUCACACAUUACACCAUCUAUCUCCGCAUACUAAGCUCCAGCCACACAGAACACAUGAGCGAGCCUGGCUCUAGACCCAGGCAGAUGUGGCUGGACUGUCCUGAAGGGGCUCUGGCUCUCUCACUGUCAGCGUCCAACUCAGCAGGAGAAGGACCGCAGGGAAACUGGGUUUAUUCUCAGCCUCCAGACUCUGCAGCUGGCCUGGUGGUCAAGUGUCUUGUCAUCGCUACCCUCUUCAUAGCGUUCAUAGCCAACUUGAUGUGUUGGAGAUGUAUAAGGGAAAGGAUGAAACAAAAAUGUCUAUCUAUGGGACCCUCCUGGCUGGCUGAAAACUUACCAAAACCGGGAAACAGUAAUGCCAUCAAACUGCUGAAGGAUGAGAGAAGUGCAUCUGAAGAAUCCUGGUCCUUCACCUAUAGUGACCCUCCACUGUCCCCAAUUGAGGAGAUCCCGCAGGAACAGAGGGACGAGCUUUACCCCAUCAUCCACAUAGAAUGGGACGAUGCUGAGGUGGGACAGUCCACAGCAGAGGCAACGUUGCAGAUGGCAGAUACUGGGACAACGCCACUGGAGCAUGUUAGCUACAAACCCCAGAAUGCUCCUUCAGCCCCGCUAAGGGAGGAUGAAGAGGACGUAAAGGACAGAGAAGAAGAACAGUGGGAUGUUCCAGCUGGUGUGCAGGAAGACAGAGGUUCAGUUAUAUCUGGAGGGUUACUGGGAGGCUUGCUGUCCAAUGUGGAGGUGAAUUUCUCCAGUUUAUCUCUGGGACUUACUCUCAGCUCUGUCAGUGGCUUUUUAAGGCCUCAAACUCCUGAGACGACAAGUAUCUUCAAAAGCGACUGCUUGCUUGGGGAGACUGGGGCUGAGCGUGUGGUGGAGGUGGGCUCUACGUCUCUGAACUUACAGCAGUGUGAGAAAAUGACUCUCAAUGAGGCACAUAGCUGUCUAUCUGAGUAUACAGUGGAGACAACGCUGACCAGUGGUUAUUUCGCUCAGGCAGCUGCUCCUAGCAGAGGUCACAACUAGACGCUCUGAGAGAUGCAGAGGUAGAGGGAUGCUGGAAAUAACGAACUGGACAUUCUGCACUACUAAGCCAAGGACCUUGAAAAGCAUUAUAUUAUCACAUUUCAGUGAUGGUGAUGGUGAUGGUGAAAUGGUGAUCUCAGUGUUUUUCAGUAAUCAGAGAAACCUCUUUCUUCACUCUGUAACCGUGAUCCAAAUCACAU